AUGUUAUUUAUAUUUAUAUUAUUAUCUUCAUUGUUGUUAACAGAGGCAUCCUGGUCGACGAAAAAAUGCGGCAAAGGUGGUGUUGCCCGCGUAAUUGGCGGCGAAAAUUCAUCGGAAAAUGCCUGGCCAUGGAUGGCACAAAUUAAAAUGAAUAAGAAAAAACAUCCCAUAUGUGGUGGUAGUCUAAUCAGUGACCGAUGGGUUUUGACGGCCGCACAUUGUUUCGAUGACUAUUUUAAAAAUAUUGAUAAAGCAACUAAAAUAACCAGUAUCGUAUUGGGACAAACUAAUCUCAAGAAAGAAUCUCGUAUAAUGGUUACAAAAAAAGUUAAAAAUAUAAUCUUACAUGAUUAUUAUGAUGUAAAAAAAGUUAUAAAUGACAUCGCAUUGAUUGAGUUAGACGGAACACCUCUUGAUUUGGAUGUCAGUAAUAAAGAUUUGGAACCAAUUUGUUUGCCAUAUAAUAAUUAUAAGUUAAAAUCAAAUGACUGUAUGGUUACCGGUUGGGGAGAUGUUGACGACAAAGGAACUGAUGCUACUAUUUUACAACAAUUAAAAAUGCCAAUUAUAGGAGAUUCCAGUUGUAAAACUAUGUCAAAAAAUUUCAAUAAUUCAAUUCAGUUAUGUGCCGGACAUUUGAUAGGUCUCAAAGAUACCUGUCAUGGGGACAGUGGAGGACCACUCAACUGUCAACUGAAUAGCGAUGUGUAUGUGAUUGAAGGCAUCACUUCGUACGGCAAAGGAUGCAAUGGUAAAGACAGUCCCGGUGUCUAUACAAGAGUUUCAAACUUUAAAGAAUGGAUUAAAGAAAAGACCAACAAUUUAAAUGGUUAUAUCAAAUAAAUAAAGUAAAAAAAUUAUUUUUUUAAAAAUAAUUUUUAGUAUA